AUGCGAAGCAAACAUCCAAGUUUUAGGAAGCCAUUCAAGAAGCGCUUCAACAAAUUCUGCCGGAAAAGAUUCUUCAAAAAAAAGCGAAGCUUUGAAAAGACGACAAAGUGCUUUCUAUGCCACCAAGAAGGACAUUUCGCAAAGAAUUGCCCCAACAGAUCGAGAAAGAAAAAGCAAUAUCUCAUCAACUCAAUCUCAAGCAUAGCGCCGGAUAUCGAUCUCGACAACCAUGAUCUCGAGUCUGAGUCUGUAUUAUCAUACGACAGCGACGACAAAGAUGGUUUGUGUGAAUACUCGGAUUACGACUAUUCAUCAGAAUCAUCAUAUGAUGAAAACGAAGAUGAAUGA